GUGGGUGUGCUCGUGCCCGAGUGCUCGCGCCUGGCGUGUGGGCGGCGGCGCGCUCGUGCACGCGCAGGGGAGAGACCAGCCCAAGCGGCCGUUGUGGGGUUCGACUGGAGGGGCGGGGGAGUCACCUGCGAGCGGCGGUGCCGGCCGGCCGCCUGCCCGCCCGCCCGCCGCGUCCGGAUCGCGCCGGCUGCGCGGGGCCGCUGUCUGCACACACCCUGGGAGGCUGGGGCGGACGAGCGGACAGAGUCCGCGCCCGGCGCCCGGGACGAGGAAGAGUCGGACCUUCGCCGCCGCCGCCGUCGCCGCCCGUGCCCGCCUGGCCUUUUUGGCUUACAAAAGGUUACCUAGGAAUGCUCUACUUUGAGAUAGCAGAGGAAACCUGUGGGUGUGUCUGAUAUCUGGAUCAGGAGAGCUUAGGAGUCGUAAAAGAAAAAUCACAAAGGACUAUACUGGCUACAAGCAAAAGAUGGUGGAUCGCUUGGCAAACAGUGAAGCAAAUACUCGACGUAUAAAUAUAGUAGAAAACUGUUUUGGAGCAGCUGGUCAGCCCUUAACUAUACCUGGAAGGGUUCUUAUUGGAGAAGGAGUAUUGACUAAGUUGUGCAGAAAGAAACCCAAAGCAAGGCAGUUUUUCUUAUUUAAUGAUAUUCUUGUAUAUGGCAAUAUUGUCAUCCAGAAGAAAAAAUAUAACAAACAACAUAUUAUUCCCCUGGAAAAUGUCACUAUUGAUUCCAUCAAAGAUGAGGGAGACUUGAGGAAUGGAUGGCUUAUCAAGACACCAACUAAAUCAUUUGCAGUUUAUGCUGCCACUGCCACUGAGAAAUCAGAGUGGAUGAAUCACAUAAAUAAAUGUGUUACUGAUUUACUCUCCAAAAGUGGGAAGACACCCAGUAAUGAACAUGCUGCUGUCUGGGUUCCUGACUCUGAGGCCACUGUGUGUAUGCGUUGCCAGAAAGCAAAAUUCACACCUGUUAAUCGUCGUCACCAUUGCCGCAAAUGUGGUUUUGUUGUCUGUGGGCCCUGCUCUGAAAAGAGAUUUCUUCUUCCAAGCCAGUCCUCGAAGCCUGUACGGAUUUGUGACUUCUGCUAUGACCUGCUUUCUACCGGGGACAUGGCCACGUGCCAGCCUACUAGAUCGGACUCAUACAGUCAGUCAUUGAAGUCUCCUUUAAAUGAUGUAUCUGAUGAUGAUGACGAUGACGAUAGUAGUGACUAAGGACAUAUUUUGAAAUAUUUAAUUGGGUGUGACUACCUGAGAAAUCAGCUCUGGGGAUAUAUAAAAUUCUGAGCUUUCUCUCAGUUUUGCUCUAGCCGUGAAUUUGCCUGAGAAACUUUUAACCUAUGUGCCUCAAUAUAUCCUUUAGAAAAUAGGUCCCGUCAUUGUGUUCUCACCCCAUCGCCACCCAACUCCCCACUCUUCUACAGGGAUAGAUUAUUGCAAAGUAUAUCAGAUAAAUUUUUGGUUUCUUACGCUUGUUUCAUUUUAGAUUGUUUUGUUGAAAGGUUGGGAAAAGAUAUUUAACAGAUCAUGUACUACAUUGUUGUUUACUAUGUGUUCUGUUAUAUGGAAAAACUAAAAGCAAAAAAUGAUGGGAAAAGGAGAACAAUAUGGUUAGCUAAUAUUAUUAGCUUUUUCCUAACCAUCUUAUCUAAUGGUUAAGACACCAGUAACAAAAAGCGUGAUUUGACAAUACUUUGUUUGGCUAUUUCAUAUACCAAGUGGUGCCUUAUUAUAAUAGCACUGUUACGUGAAAUAAGCCCCCACCUUCUUUUAGUUCAUCUUGAAAAUACACUGGUGCUCUUUGAGGUGAUAAAAUGAUAAAAUUUUCAUCUUCCAUCCAGCUACAAAUAACUAAAUUUAGAGCUUCUUCAUUCUUUAAGAAUAAAUAUUUUUCCAUAAAAUAGUUGUGAUUAUAUUUUUACGUUUUAUAGGUACCAAAUUAUAAUUGUCAGACAUAUAUUUUAAAUCAGUAGGUAGGUUUUCAUUCUUAAAAAUUUGGUUUGAAAUUUAUCAAAUACAGAAUUGUCACAUUGCAUUAGUUUCUACUUUUAGUAAAACAUUUGUAGUUAUGAGUUCAUCUGCUUUAAUAUUAUUUCUAGAAUGAAAAAUCUUAUAAAACCUUUGAAAUUAAACAAUCUCUUAAAAAAAAAUCCCAUGGUAGAGCACAGAUCUACUUAGGCUGAAGACUUCAGAAAUAAUGUGCAAGAAUGGUCAGGACAGACCAGUUAAGUUUGACUAGACUUUAUAUCGGUGGAAGUAUUGUCUAUUUCAGUGUGAAAUUAUCUUGAAUUUGCAAAUAUAGUGUUAUAUUUUAUAAAGUUUUGUAAAGUCCCAAGCAAUAUUUCUAUUUUUGUAAAACAAUUGUGUGUUUAAUCUGUUUCUGAAAUCCUUUUGCAAAUAUAGAAUAGAGUAGCAAUUGAUCUCUCUAAAUUGUGAACUUUAUUGAGUCAGUCUGGAUUGCUUUUGAGAAUUGGUAAUUUUUCACUCUUUGCUUUUGAGGCAGCCAUUUAGGUUGAAAGUAUAUUUAUCAUAUAAAACUUGAUGCAUUUUGCACUAUUCUCUCCAUUUGUAUGCUGCAAAUAACUACAGUCUUUCAAAUAUGAAAAAAUCAGCCUAACGUUUGUUUUAAAUUCCAAACUUUUGUUUUAAAUAUUUAAAUCUGGCUAUGUUGCAGAUGUCAUGAGUUUGAAUUAAUAAUGUGGUGGAGAAUUUGGGGGUUUGGUUAAGGCACUAACUUGACCAUUAAAUUGUGAAGGUAUCUGAGAUCUAUAGAUCUCCCUGUAGGAAAUGUGAAACAAAGACCCAGCAGUUUUUUUUGUUUAAUAUCAGAUGGACUUUUGUUUCUAAGCAAUAUAUACAUAUAAUUAAACAACAUAUCUCAAAAUGACCCUGAAACCGGAGAAGUGCUAAUGGAGAUAUUCUGGUCCAUCAGAACCUAGCAAAUUCAGGAACCAAGGGGAAAUGUUCUGUGAUGACAUUUGCAUCGUCAACUUCUGUUGACUCUGUUUUUACAAUAAAAAAUAUUUUACGACUUAA